AUGCAUUGCUUUAGAUCUUUUUUGUCAUACAUUCGGCAACCUCUAGUGAAUCCAUCAUUAAAAAGAAGUCCUAUCAUUUCGAAACAAUUUAAAGAAAUAACACGAUUGUAUGUAUCACAAGUUUCAGCAGAAGAUGAAUGCGAAAAUAUGGUACAUCAACUGUGUAAAGGCGAUCAAGACUUGGAAAAGAAAUUAAGAGUACUAAUGCUAGAAGUAGAAGUUAUGCGUCAAGAUGGAAGAUAUGCACCAGAUUCUCUUCAAUUGGAUCAUUGGCAACAUUUAUUAGAUUUACCAAGCAGAAAUCAAAGGUCUAGUUAUCUAACAUUUCUUUGGAAAAUUGAAAAAAAGAAGGAAAAUCAAAAGGCAAAAAAGGAAGCUAGAAGAAAAGAACUGGAAAGUUCACCUGCACCAGAAAUUAAAGAAUAUCCAGAUGAUAUUCUUUAUGGUAUUAAACACCAAUCACUAUUCCUUAGAAUCCGUGACCAAUCAAUUAAUUAUUUUGAUAAUUACAGGGCACUCAAAGCAAUGAGGUAUGGACAAAAUGUAGUUAUAGAUUGUUCUUAUGAAGAUAACAUGGUGUGGAGAGAAAUAACUAAUGCAGCUAAACAAAUGACUUUUGUCUUUGGUGAUAACAGAAUACACAAAGACCCUUUUAAUUUACACAUGUGCAAUGUAAAUUUAAAUGGUGAAUUUAUGAAACAACUACGUAAAAACAUACCAUCUUUGGAGGAACCAUGGUUUCCAUUAAAUAUCCAUACACAAAGUUAUUUAGACAUUUUUCCUAAAGAAGAUUUAGUUUAUCUCACACCUCACUGCAGAGAAGAAUUGACCUGCUUUAAUCCUGAUACUGUUUACAUUAUAGGAUGCAUGGUUGACAAGAUGAAUAAUGAACCUCUUUCUCUUGCAAAAGCAAAGCGAGAUGGAUUAAAAAUGGCUAAAUUACCUUUAGACAGGUACUUAGAGUGGGCGCCAGGUUCAAAGAAAAACUUAAAUAUAAACCACAUGGUUCCAAUUCUUUUAGAUUUAAGAAUUACUGGAGAUUGGGAAUAUGCUCUAAGACAUAUACCUAGAAGAAAACUCAUGGCAACAAAAAUAAUGGCCAUGCAAAAAAGAAUUGAAAAUUCACCUUUAGCCAAAGAUGCCAUAUUUAAGGCUUUUAAAUCUGUAAAUGUUAAAAAAUACCCAACUCUUGCUCAGAAAAAGUUUAAUUCAAAGAAAACUUUGUAUGAUGAUGAUAAUAUA